AUGUCGUCCAGCAAACGCUUCAGUAAGAGGCUGGGCUUCAAGAGGACCAAAACCGGCCAAGAGCCCAUCAGUGUGACUGAACUAUCCUCAACUGAAAGCAACGUAGAGCAGACUCGCCGCAAGGACGCAGUCGCUGGCCACGGAGAUGUAGAUCCCGUCAUUGACGAGGUCAUUCGCGACAUCAGCGAAACAGAGGCGAACCGACGCCUUAAUGUCUUCCGUCGUGAACACAGAUGGGACCCGAAUAUGCCAGAUGAUGCCAUUGAGAUGGUUGAUGUCUUUACCAGCGCUCAUGACCACAAAGGCGAGGCAAAACUUGUUGGGGAGGUCAUCGAGAACUCACCGUACCCUGAAGUCCGCGCCGUCGUGAAAAACUACGAUGAAGAUGUCUCAGCGAAUACUAUCCGAGCAUGGAUAAUUGGUCUCUUGUUGACUACGAUUUGCUCAUCAGUAAACUCCCUGUUCUUGCUGCGUUAUCCGAUCAUCUUCAUUGGCCCGUACGUUGUUUUGCUGGUGGCAUAUCCCAUUGGCCUCGCCUUCGCAAGACUCCUGCCAAACAAGGAGGUCAAGUUCUUUGGAUCAAAGACCAAUCUAAACCCUGGCCCGUUCAAUGUGAAGGAACAUGUUAUCAUCGUCGCAAUGGCCAAUGCUGCAUUCGGUGGUGGGUCUGGUUAUUUCAUCGAUACGAUUGUUUCACUCAAGAAGUUCUACCACUUUGACACAACCCAGUUUGGCUGGGGAUUCAACAUACUCUUUGCCUUAGCCACACAAUGUAUGGGAUUUGGUCUGGCAGGUUCUGCCCGAAAGUUCCUUGUUGAACCUGCAGCCAUGAUCUGGCCCGGCGCUCUCGUCAACGUCGGCUUUUUGUAUGCGCUGCAUGAUCACAGCCCCAGUGAUCCUUCCAAAACCGAUGGAUGGUCUAUAUCCCGUUAUAGAUGGUUCAUGUACAUCAUGGCCGGCAUGUUUGUUUGGUCUUGGUUCCCCGACUUUAUCAUUCCCGCGUUCAGUUACUUUGCCUGGGUUACCUGGGCCAAGCCUAAUAACGUUAUCGUCAACCAGCUCUUUGGACAAACUACCGGUAUCUCGCUUGGGUUCCCAUUCACUGGCUUUACCCUCGAUUGGGCUCAGAUCAACGGAUUUUAUGGUAGUCCGUUGAUUAGUCCUUGGCACGCGCAUGCCAACACUGCAAUUGGUAUCAUAUUCUUCGUUUGGUUACUCAUACCAGCGCUGAACUACUCCGGUGUUUGGUACGGAGAUUAUGUCCCAAUCUCGCAAAACGGCAUUUUGGACAACACUGGUGCGAUCUACAACAUCUCCCGGAUUCUCACCCCCGAGCACAUUGUCGAUCCCGUCAAGUAUGAGGAAUAUUCCCCUCUAUUUCUUUCCACCGCUUUUGCGCUGGCCUACGGAUUGAGCUUUGCUUCCAUCGCUGCUCUUCUUAGCAACACCUACCUGUUCCAUGGUGCUGAGAUCUGGCGCCGCUGGCGAUCGUCGUCUGGCGAACUUGACGACGUGCACAUGAGAAUCAUGCGCAAGUACAGAUUGGUGCCUACUUGGUGGUACAUAGCGCUAUUCCUAGUCAUGCUCGCAUUUGCGUUCGCAUCCGCUCUCGCUUUCCCAACUGGCAUGGCAUGGUACUCAGUCGUUCUUUCUGUUGCCAUUGCAGCCGUUUGGACAGUACCUAUUGGUAUCAUCCAAGCCUUCACCAAUAUCCAACUUGGCCUUAAUGUUUUCACCGAGUUCAUCAUCGGCUACCUUCAGCCCGGUCAUCCCAUCGCCAUGAUGAUGUUCAAAACCUUUGGCUACAUCGUCAUGAACCAGGCGCUAUACUUUUGUCAAGAUUUGAAGAUGGGCCACUACAUGCAUGUUCCCCAGCGCACUCUCUUUGCCGCCCAAUUGGUUGCUACCAUUUGGUCGACACUCUGCCAGCUCGCGACGAUUGAGUGGGCCAUGGGUGCUAUCAAAAACGUUUGCACCUCUGAAGCUUCGGGCUACUUCACCUGCGCCUACAUCAAGACAUUCUACAAUGCUAGUGUCAUCUGGGGCGCCAUCGGUCCCAAGCACCUCUUCUCUGGCAUUGCAGUCUACAAAGAACUCCAGUAUUUCUGGCUCAUUGGGUUUGCAUCUCCCUUCCUCGUUUACGGCCUUGCUCGCAUGUUUCCCCAUGUCUCGUGGAUUCGUCGGCUGAGUAUGCCUGUUAUUUUUGCGUGCAUGGGAUACGUUCCCCCAUAUUCUGCCAUGAAUAUAUUGUCUUGGGUUUUAAUCGGUUACAUCUUCAACAGGUUCAUUCGGAACAAAUACCGGGGCUGGUGGAUGCAGUAUAACUACAUUACCUCUGCUGCUCUGGAUGUUGGUCUUGCUCUCUGCGCCAUCAUUAUCUUCUUCUGUGUCCAGUUGCCUGGUGCUUCAAUGCCCGAAUACUGGGGUACCACAAUUGUGGGCAAAACUCUCGAUGGAGCGGGAGCGGCUGUUAGAAAGACUGUUGCUGAUGGCGAGUACUUUGGCCCUAGGACAUGGAAGUGGUAA